AUGUUCGAAGAAAUAAUAGUCCAUCUUGAUACUGUUACGUUAUUAUCGCUGUUAUCAGUUAUAUUUCUACUUGUAACGGCGUACUUGACGUCUACUCGUGUGCUAACGGCUGCUACGCCAUCUUCUCUACGUAUCCUAUUCGUCUGGCACCUCUUCGACUUCUUUAUCCACACCAUUUUGGAAGGCUCGUUUCUCUACGUUUGUUUCUUCACUUCGCUAUCGUUUGAGCCCGAUGUGCAUGAUGCAGCCCUUAUCAACCAUUUUCGCAGUGAUCCAGAGCGGCUAUACGGUGCUGCUUACGGCAGCAACUGGGCAAACAAAUUGUGGAUGGUCUACGCCCAAGCUGACCGACGCUGGUCCGGUGCAGAUACUUCCAUCAUUAGUUUGGAAUUGCUGACCGUUAUCGUUGGGGGACCUUUGGCAUUGUACAUUUGCUAUGGUAUCGCCCGGCGUCAUUCAAUGACUCCAUUCUGGAUGAUCAUACUAGCUACUGGUGAAUUAUAUGGAGGUAAAUCUUGGCUCAACUCCUACCAGUCCAGGAACAAAAUAACUGACUCACGCGUGACCUCAGGCUUUAUGACCUUUAUGCCCGAAUGGCUGAUAGGUAGUCGGAAUUUAGACACAAGUAACUUCAUGUACAUGUGGUUCUACUUAGUAUUUUUCAAUUUUAUAUGGGUAUUGUUUCCAAUUUUUGCUCUUCGGAUCAGUUACAAGCAAAUAAGUAAUGCCUUUGCCAUCAAUCAGAAGCGUUUUUCGGCGGAGACAUGGUUUGAUGGCAAGAAAUUGGCAUAA